AUGUCAAAAAGCCGCUCCGACGCCGUAAUCCGCCAAGCGAAUAAAAACCUCUUUGCCUCGCACGGGCUAAAAGCCGAGCUAGCGAAAAUGGACGCGUUAGCACACAUCGCCCGCAUCCCAAUCAUGGACUCACAGGGCCGCAUUAAUCGCGAAUCGAGCGUUGCGAUGCAAUUGGCGGAGCUAUCGCUCAAGUCGGAGGGUAUUAUGAGCAAGCAGAAGAGUGCGCAGGAAUUGGAUUUGCAGCAGCGACGUCUACGGGUUUUGCAGCCUUGGCUUGCGGAGUUGCAGGUUGAUGUUUUACCUUGGACGGCGCAGUCGAAGUUGAUCCGUUUUAAUUCGACCCUGAAGAAGAGGCAUAGUUAUCGCCUAGUUGAUCGGUAUAAGGCGCUUAAAGGGCCCGGUGAUGAGGAUGGGGAGAGGUUUCGGAAGUGUCUUUGGUUGAUUAUUCGGGAGGUUAAAUGUUAA